AAAUUGGUUGAAAGAAAUCGAAAGAUCCUUUUCCGUUCGGAAUUUUAUUACUGGCAAUUUCAAGUAGAUAUUUUGAAAUCUUUCGUUGGGUUCACUCUUAUCCAUUUUACUGGUGGUAGCUUGUGGAGUGCACCACCUGGCACCUUUGAUCGAAUCUCUUCACACUGAAAAUGAAUCCAUUUAACCAAAUUAAUCCAUGAAAAUGUACCAAAGGAAUUGUACAUCUUGAACCAAGAAACAUAUGUAUACUAUCUGUUCGAGCUUGUGUUUUGGCAUUGAUUAAUAUCAUUGGACUUCUGUAAUCGGUAUGGGUAUUCCACUAAACGUGACAGAAGAAAAUUCAUCUUCGUCCUCCCCAGCAUACCCAUCAUCUAAUUAUGAAAAUGGCAAUGACAGCAACAAUAACACCAACCGAGUGGGUUACUUAUUUGUAUACGGAGACUCAAGGCCAGAUGCUCCUGGAAGUACACAAAACCAGCUAGGUUUGCAGAAUAAGAGAGCCUGGCUUCUGGGCAGUCGUUUAUAUUCAUUUAAUUUACAGACAGGAGGCAAUCGGCGUGCUGCAGUUAAGCUUGAUGAAUCCGGAAAUGCUGUUCUAGGAUAUGCAAUUGCUACAGACAAUUCUACUGGAAUUGCAAGGUUACUGGAUGAAUAUGAAAGAAGAGAAUAUUCCCCAGAUCUUUAUGAGAGAGAUGUGGUGGAGGCAGAAGCAAUUAUUACCACAGCAGCAAACUCUAGUUUGGAGAAAUUGUACCAAACCCAUUUGAGGAAAAAAAAUCACACCAUGAAGUCGUCAAAGCAAACCACAAAAGAAAAACGAAAAAGAUGUGAAAAUGCAUAGGUAUAAACCCUACUGAUGCAGGUUGUCACUGAGAGGGGUGAGCGCCUGCAAUCUUAUAUUUAUCACCGAGCACAUGUGAAUCUGUCAAAUUUAAUCCCAACUGGUGAUUGGCUACAGCAGUGAAGGCAUUGAAACAUAUUUUGCAGCAUAAUUUAGAG